AUGGUGAAGAGUGAGGCAUGUGGGCAGCGCCAAGCACCAACGUCACAUGCGGGAGCGUUGCGACACAGCUGUAUCAACAGCUUCAAGCAGCCAUUGAACCACACCGCGCCCUUCUACGGGCUGUACGAUACGCUCGUUAGUAUGACUACGGCCGUCAAUAUGCGCGCCCUGCGCAUCAGGCCCUCGGUGCCUCGCCUGCGGUCGUCGCAGCGCCCGUUCGUGCACCCCACGCGACAGGCUUCGACAGCUGCCACCGAUGCUCACACCGCAGCAAAUCGCACGAAGAACUUCGUGUACGGCACCGCCCUAACAUUUGCGUUAUCAUUCGGCUACCUGUACGUCACCGACACACGCUCCAGCGUCCACGAAUGGCUUGUCGUACCUGUUCUGCGGCAGAUUUACCCCGACGGAGAAGACGCGCACCGUGCCGGGACCAAGAUAGUAAAGGCGCUUCAUAGCUUUGGCUUGAAUCCUAGAGAACGAGGCAGUCCAGAUGCCGCUGGAGAUCUCGCGGUGGAGUUGUUCGGCCACACGCUGGUUAACCCCAUCGGAACGUCUGCCGGCAUGGACAAGGGCGCCGAUAUUCCAACGCCUAUCUUCGAGCUCGGUGCUGGCCUUGUCGAAGUUGGAGCUGUGACCCCGCUGGCGCAAGAAGGAAAUCCUAGGCCGAGGGUCUUUCGGCUUCCGUCGCAGAAUGCCCUCAUCAAUCGCUAUGGCUUCAAUUCUGAGGGUGCAGAGGCGGUUGCCAUGAGGCUACGACACCGUGUCAGACAAUUCGCAUACCAUUCAGGGCUAGGCAUCGAUGAGGAGGCGGAACGCUUGGUCUUGGAUGGCGAAGCGGGUGUUCCGCCAGGCUCGCUCGUUCCUGGCCGGUUACUGGCAGUCCAGAUCGCAAAGAACAAGACUACCUCUGAGCAGGAUAUUGAAGCUGUCAAGAGGGACUACACCACUUGCGUCAAUCAGCUGGCCAAGUAUGCCGACAUCAUCGUUGUCAAUGUAUCGAGUCCCAACACGCCCGGCCUGCGAGCUCUACAAAACGUGGAACCGCUUACACAGCUGUUGGACAGCGUCGUGCAAGCUGCUAAAAAGGUGGAUCGAAAGACAAAGCCCGCUAUUAUGGUCAAGGUGAGUCCGGAUGAGGACUCUGAAGAGCAAGUAUCUGGCAUAUGCGAGGCUGUAUGGGACUCCGGCGUGGACGGAGUGAUAGUUGGGAACACCACGAAGAGGCGACCUGAUCCCCUCCCUAAGGGCUACCUCCUUCCUCAGGAAGAAGCCAAUCUGCUCUUGGAACAAGGAGGCUACUCUGGACCACAAAUGUUCGAGCGCACUUUGACCCUCGUGAAGAAGUACAGGAAGACGCUCGAUGAUGGUCCGAAGCAGCUUUCGCCGCCGCCCUCGAAACCAGAAUGGCCCGAUGUGGGUCAAUCCACUGGCGAUGAACCGGACUCUUCGAUUGUUCCGAAGCUACAGGACUCGCCUUCAGACGCUCUCAGCUCGGCAACCUCUGCGCUUCUCCCUGCAUCCGCGAAUCUACCGACGGAAGCGUCACCACCACCGACCAAUGUCGAUAAGGUGAAUGUUUCCACGCCCGGGAGCAACGCUGCCCCUGCCCCUUUUACUGCUGGCCCAAGGAAAGUCAUCUUCGCGACUGGCGGCAUUACAAACGGUCGUCAAGCACGAGAGAUCCUCGAUGCAGGUGCUAGUGUGGCACAGGUCUACACUGCGAUCAUCUACGGUGGUGUUGGUACGAUAACUAGGAUCAAGGAAGAGAUGAGGGAAGAGGCAAACAAGAAACGGUAG